AUGCAAGCCGGCGUUCUGGCUGAGAGUUUGACACAGUGGCGUCGUGGAAAUCUUCAUGUGUUAUUCGAGUACCGCUUCGGGUCGAGCUUUAUGGCGCAUCAUCUGAUUUCAAAAUCGCAGGAAAGUUUUGCCAUCUCGUCUCGAAUGAAUUGGUCAAUUGCAUCUUCUUGGCUUGCUCAAAAGGUCAUCCUGCCAAAGCAAGAACAGGUUCAAGCUCCUCGGUCUUACCCGGUGAACGGCACGGCCCUGAAGAACCGCCACUCCGACCCCACAGUUCCCAGGGGCGCAGCAUCAAGUUACUAG